AUGACGACAGAAAUUGUCGAAGUCUUGCUGCCAAAGAUCAGUGCAUUUUGUUUAGCAUUACAAAACGGGGAAGAUUUUCAAUAUCAAACUCAUAAGAUUGCGUCAGAAUCGAAUAAACAUCAUCGACUAUUUUUGUCUUCAUCUUCUUCUGGUUGCUCAAUGUCUGUUGUAGGUAAUUGUUUGUUGUCUUCACUUCAAGUCGCAUUCUUGUCGAGAGAAUUUUCUUUUGAUUUCUCUUUUGAGCUUCGUCGAACCUUUUAUCUCAUCAAGCUUGCAAGAGACGAUAAAAUUAUUCAAUUAGCCAAAAACGUUAUAGCACUCCAAGAAAAUUUUGAUAAUUAA